UCCAUAGCCCAUCUCGCUGGCUAGUACGUAGUUGGCUGCUGGAGGGAGGUGCAAGUUUUAAUUGCCUGUAGUUUGGGAGCUCAUAGAGUUCUUUGGUAAUCUUGUGUCAUUCGAAGUGCCGUAUCUUUCGCCAAAAAGCAAGAUGAAAUUGUUCCUAGUUGUGUUGACUGUUGACUGUGAUCAGCUGUGUUACGUGGUGUGAGUUCUGUGUUGUGGAACAAAAUGUGGGCUGAUACGUUGUUGAUACUUUUCAUAUCGGUAUGCACAGCGUUGUUGGGAGAAGGUCUUACAUGGCUAAUGGUAUACAGAACAGAAAAAUAUCAGAAACUAAAAGCUGAAGUAGAGAGACAGAGUAAAAGAUUGGAGAAACGCAAAGAGGCACAUGGUGACUCUUUUGAUAAACAACACAAGAAGAAAAUAGAAAGAGAAGAAGAGAAACUGAAGAACAAUAAUAGAGAUCUGUCAUUAGUGAAAAUGAAAUCAGUUUUUGCAAUUGGUUUUGCCUUCACUGCUCUUUUGAGCAUGUUUAAUAGUAUCUUUGAUGGAAGAGUUGUUGCAAGAUUACCUUUUGUUCCAAUUUCUUGGAUCCAAGGACUGUCUCACAGGAAUCUGCCUGGAGAUGAUUACACAGAAUGUUCCUUUAUCUUCUUGUACAUUCUUUGUACAAUGUCUAUUAGACAGAACAUCCAGAAGCUGCUUGGGUUUGCACCUUCUAGAACAGCAAGCAAGCAAAGUGGUGGCCUCUUUGGACCACCACCUCAACAGUUCAAAUAGUUUUCUGGACUUAACCAUUUUAAAAUUUUUUUUUUUGGAGUAAGUAGAUGUGGACACUUUAAGCAGGAGGCUACUGGAUGGUUGUUGGACAAAUAGGGGAAACCCCCCCCCCUCCCCCUUCCUCUCUCUCUCUCUCUCUCUCUCUCUCUCUCUCUCUUUCUCUCUCUCUCUCUCUCUCUCUCUGUGUGUGUGUGUGUGUGUGUGUGUGUGUGUGUGUGUGUGUGUGUGUGUCUAUAUAUAUAUAUAUUCUUUUAUUUAUUCAGUUUUUGAUUUGAGAGUGCGACUAAAAAUUCAGUAACUGACGUUUGAGAUUUUUUUAUGCACUUAAGAAGUAAUUUAAUUGUGGAAGAGGCUGGUGUAGGAGCUGAAUGUAUUUAUUUCCUAGAAGUACAAUAAAAAUAAUAAUUGUUGAA